UUAGUCGUUGUUGAAAUUCGAUUUGUUUUUAUAAUAAGUGCCUCGCUCUCGGACUUUGUACUUUGUAUUGACGUAGGGAAGCUAUUAUGACAUAGUUAAUAAAGUAAACAACAUAAUCUUCAAAGAAGCUUCCGAUCAUUUUCAACUCCAAUCAUUCAUUUCAGAGCGAUAAGAAACCAAAGCAACAAUCGGAUCGAUUCCCAGUCUACCGCACGGACUUCCUCGAUGUUCUCAGACUCAACGCCUCGGAACAGCAUCAGCAGCACAUACUCGAAGAGGGGCCGAUGUGUCCAGGUGGUAAACUGGCCAGUUAUCACUGUCCGCGUUGCAACGCUGGCUACACUUACAAGAAGACUCUGAUGACCCACAUGAAGUACGACUGCGGCAAGGAGCCGAGGUUCAAGUGCCCGUAUUGUGGCAAGAGGGACAAGUGCUCGUCGAAUAUUUACAAGCACGUGAGGAUGAAACACGACGGGCUACCGGUGAAGGUCCAGAAAAACUGAUAGUGCCUGAGCGACGUUGACGAAGCUGACUUUUUUUUAGUUCUUUGUGUAGACUGAGAGACGUUAUUAUUUAUUUUGAAAUUAUGAGAUAUUCUCCGUGACUUAAGUAUCAGCGAGAACCGCUGUUAUAAUUUAUGUGCUUUAAAUUAUUUAAUCUAGUCUGUAAGAAUAAACAAGUUCGACUGGUUAUGUGAAGAUUGUAAAUAUUUAGACGACUAUUUAUUCAGAAUCUUCCCGAAGACUGUGAAAUGUAUGGCACAGUAAAAAACCGAUUGUUUGUGAGGACCAAAAAAUUUGUUGAUAAUCAAGUUCCUACGAUUCGUCAAAAUAGUCAGACCGAUGUUGUAGCUCUUCCUAUAUUACCGAAGAAAUCUCCGACGAUUGUACAAUCAUGUUAAUAAAUUAAUCGUAAGAGCAAA